CCCGCUAUCUUGUCGGCCUAUCGGAAAGCAUGCAAGGAUGUCGCUGCGGGAAAGUCGAAUCCGACACAGUGUAGAAGCGGACCAGUGGUGGAGUUUUUAAUGUCGAUUGUGGAAGCUCAUUUCACAGUGAUUGACCGCAAAGCAGUUGGAGUCCUUGUUCGAGAAGUCGAGUCGAUGUUCAUUGAGUUCUUCGACUACAGACGAUUGUUCGUGAAGGACUAUAGGAAACCGAAAGAAUAUGCGACUGUGGACUUGAAUGUUAGCAGGACAGAAGAUUCUAUCGUGAAAGCGUUCCUGGCUCCCAUUAUGAAGCUUUCCGCUGAAGGAUUUGCUCCUGUGUUCUACAAGCUUCAUCGCUGGGCAAUUCGUGGCAAAGGCGACGAUCUGCCACCUGAUGACAAAUCAGCGGAAUUGCGGCUCGUGACAUUUUUGAGAUUGGCGGAACAACUUUCUCAUCGACUGAAGGAGCUCUUCGAACCAUUUGCAAGCCACCUUUUCACAGAACUCGUCACUAUAGUGCGAAAAUUCGUCAACCUCACCCCAGAAACUAUUCAAGAUCGUGAACAGAAAAGCGGACAAGAUGAUACGAAAACCUUCGAAUCCGAUUCGGAUUUCGUCGCAUUCAUUGCUGGCAUGCCAAAGUCGCAAAAGCCCAUUGCCCUGAAGGCAGUUUUGGGCACCCUGAAAUCCUGUUUCACGUUCUGCCCGCCGGUGUCGUUUGUUACUAACGAGAGGUUCGAGGCUGUGGUUGAGCCGUUGGUGGAUCAGUUGGAGAACCGGAAUCUGAAUGAAGAUGAAGUCCGGGAUUUCGUGAUGGCCGCCAUUGUGCAUUUCGGCGUUGCUCUGGAGCAUGCUUCCAAGGAAACGAUGCUGAAAAAGUUGUCCGAGUUGGUGAUGCUCAAGGCCAGGCACACGUCGGCUGAAAUCCGCUUGCUAGCUGUUCGUUGCCAGAAGCAGAUAGUCCUGGCACUUGGGCGGGAAGGGAUGAUCAGUCUGUUGGUCGAAUUGCUUCCGAGCGUUGCGGAGUUGAUGGAAGAUGCUGACGAGGAGAUAGAGAAAGAAGCACAUGCACUACUGAUCACCAUGGAGGAUGUGACAGGAGAGAAACUUCAAAAAUACAUGUGAUGCUGUAGGGCUGUUGGAAAAGUGAGAAAUGAGGGAUUGACAGAAAUACAUAAAUCCCUUCUGAUCAUGAUGAAAA